AUGGAUGAAGAAUCAAAUGCAACAUAUUUAACUUUUGGUGGCCAUGUGGAGCUUCACAAAUACAGAUACCUUUAUUUUAUGGUUGUUUUUACAGUAUAUAUUUUAAUAAUCUGCAGUAAUUCUACUAUUUUGUACCUGAUCUGGAAACACCAGGACCUCCAUGAGCCUAUGUACAUUUUCAUUGCAGCUUUGUUAUUGAACUCUGUUCUUUUCAGCACUAAUAUUUACCCAAAGCUGUUGAUUGAUUUUUUAUCCGAAAAACAGAUCAUAUCUCAUCGAGCCUGUCUUGUUCAGUUUUUUAUGUUUUAUACACUAGGCUUUUCAGAGUUCUUACUGUUGGCAGUCAUGGCCUAUGACAGAUAUGUGUCUAUAUGUAAACCUCUGCAAUAUCCAACUAUAAUGAGAAGAAAGACUAUCAGUAUCUUACUGGCUUUAGCUUGGCUCGUGCCUGCAUGUGAGGUUGUGGGAACAACAACACUGAGUUCUUAUCAAAAGCUCUGUAGCUUUACUCUGAAUGUAAUUUUUUGUAAUAAUUUUAUUUACAGACUUUUUUGUGUGCCAUCAAAAGCAGUAACUAUAUAUGGUGCAUUUGGUUUGGUAUAUCUUGUUGUAUUUCCUGUGUUUUUCAUUGUUUUUUCAUACACCAGGAUAUUCAUUAUAUGUUAUCACAGUAGUUCAGAAGUCAAGAGAAAAGCUGCACAGACCUGUGUUCCUCACCUGCUGGUGUUAAUCAACUAUUUUAUUUUGAUAACAUAUGAUGUUAUUACAGUUCGACUGGAAUUAGAUUUUCCAAAAAUUGCACGUUUAAUAAUGUCUUUGCAAUUAGUUUUGUAUCAUCCUCUUUUUAAUCCAAUUAUAUAUGGAUUAAAAAUGAAAGAAAUUUAUAAACACCUCAAGAGGUUGUUCUGUUGA